CCUGCAGCUGCGUCUUGUAGUGACGUCACCAGAGAGCAAAGUGGGCAAGAGGGGCUCCACCGUGAAACACCUUGUGCGCGCGUGUCCGCCAAGUACGUGAUUGUUGGUGUGUGGAAAGGUAUGAAAUAAACACAGCUCUACCACAAGUCAGUGAGCUGACAGGUUUUGGAAAUUUGGGACACGCAGCGCGCGCGUCAUGAUUGCGACUAAAAGACGCUUCCCGGACUAAAUUGUCAACGGGAGACUUUUCCACUCGCUGCCGCAGACACGGACACCUCACCCAGCCACUGACAACCCGCCGCUCUCGUCUAUACGUGAAAAGAUGGUGCCAUUCUUUCUUCUUUUCUUCUUUGCUGUGUUGCCCUUACUCAGCAUAUCUGCGCACAAUACCUCUGCUGGUUGUGCUAUCAUCCGUCCUCCCAGAGAUGGUGGGAUAAGGUACAGAGGCCUUACCCAGGAGCAGAUCCGUAGUGUGCAGGCUCUCCCGGUUGACUAUGAGAUUGAGUACAUCUGCAGGGGAAACCGUGUGAUUGUGGGACCCAAGGUCAGGAAAUGUUUGCCCAAUAACACUUGGACUGACCUGACCCAACAAAGUAGAUGCUUGUUGUUAUGUGCUCGGAUGUGGAUGUCUUUGGAAAAUGGUCAAGUGGCUUCUUGGCCCAUGGGGCCCCCAGUGGAGGGGACCGUGCUGCGCUAUAGCUGCCUCCCUGGCUUCGUCUUGAUGGGCCGAAACGCAACACAGUGCAAUAAGUUGGGCAAGUGGGAUACGCCCAAACCAGUGUGCCACUAUGAUCGGAAUUUCAAAGCUCUAGGCAAGAAGAAGCUCUACAUUGGCGCUCUCUUUCCCAUGAGUGGAGGCUGGCCUGGAGGACAAGCCUGCCUCCCUGCCGCUAAGAUGGCCCUGGCUCUGGUGAAUGAAAGGACCGAUAUACUGCCAGACUAUGAACUGGAGCUCAUUCAUUAUGACAGUAUGUGUGAUCCCGGAGAAGCCACCAAGCUGCUUUAUGACCUUCUGUACACCGAACCCAUCAAAAUUGUUCUGAUGCCAGGUUGCAGUUCCGUGUCAACAUUGGUGGCAGAGGCAGCUCGCAUGUGGAACCUCAUAGUGCUGUCCUACGGGUCCAGUUCCCCAGCUCUGUCCAAUCGCCAGCGCUUUCCUACUUUCUUUCGCACUCAUCCAUCUGCUACGCUGCACAACCCCACUCGAGUGCAACUAUUCCAAAAGUGGAAAUGGACCAAGAUUGCAACCAUUCAGCAGACAACGGAAGUUUUUACAUCGACCCUGGAUGAUCUAGAAGAGAGGGUGAAGGAAGCUGGGAUUGAAAUCAGCGUUCGCCAAAGCUUCCUGAGUGACCCUGCUGUGGCUGUAAAAAACCUCAAGCGUCAAGAUGCCCGAAUCAUUGUUGGCCUCUUCUAUGAGACUGAAGCCAGGAAGGUCUUUUGUGAGGUCUACAAGGAAAAGCUGUAUGGAAAGAAAUACGUGUGGUUCCUCAUUGGCUGGUACGCAGACAACUGGUUUAAAAUUAAGGACCCUUCCAUCAACUGUACAGUGGAGCAAAUGGCAGAAGCUGUGGAAGGUCAUGUGACCACUGAGAUCGUCAUGCUCAAUCCAGAAACUGUGCGAGGAGCUUCCAACCUGUUGUUGUGA